AUUGCUGUCAAGUGGGCAAGUGGUAAAUAGUGAAUAAACGAAUUUUAUAUGAAUUUACGUCUCCUUGACAUUUAAAUGAAUGAAAAUAAAGAAAUUCUCUAGUGCACAUUGAUUAGAUUUGUUCUUAGUGUUUACGUGUGUGUUUUAAGGUGAUUUAUGUUUUAACGUUUGAUAAAACUUUUUAUGUAAACAAACUAUGUGAAUAAGUGUUAGUGUUUGUAUUUUUUUUUAGAAACUUUUUUGGAUUAUUUUACUCAUUAACUAGUGCUGGUUAAUUCAGAUUACCUAGUACAAACUGGCUCAGUUGAAGGAAUAACAUAAGUUCUAAGAAAAAAGGAACACAAGAAGGAAAAAUGCCCUCGCGGCACCCCUUCUUGAUUUGUCUUCUGUUCAUCUGCACGUCAAUAUUAUUCGUCGAAUCACAACAAACAAAAUGUUUGGAUAUCGAAGAAGUGUAUCCGAAAAAAUACUUCCUACACAAUGGCCAAUCGCUGACUGUCAAUAUAGAAACUUCCACACGGAUGACCCACCUUUUAACCAGUCACAUAUUUUUUAUAUUUGCGAAAGAAGUUUUAGGCUACACCAAAGUCAACAUCACAUAUCAAGAGGACUACUUUAAAAUCGAAGAUGUUAUGGGACGGCUCUCGCAUUAUAAGAAUCGUUCAGUCCCAAUCCCUCCAGCUACUAUAAAUCUCGAAGUAUGGACCAGUCCCGAAUUCGACACAUUUGAAAAACAGUACGUCAAAGAAGUGGGCAGCAUCGGCCCACCAGGCCGCUUCGGUUGGUUCAUACCUCAAAAAUACGACGGACCUAUUAAGAAGUUCUACACCGAUCGGUUCUUUUGGGACGAUUCCAUCCAGGAAGUUCACUGGUCGUUUUUUCUCGACGAGAGACUAGCCAGCAGCUUUAAUUUGGACGCUGACGUCCUGAAUAUGUUGAUCUACAAGAAUAUGUUUCAUAUGAAGGAAGAAAAUGGGGAAAAAGAUUACGUUUGUCCGAACGGCAUAUGCAUAAACGGUACGAGCAUGUUCAUUCCAAAACAGUGUAUCAGAAGAAAUUGCGCCGUCUUACUAGCACCGGAAUUCAACGCGAGCGACUUCCUCAUCCAACAAGUCACCGAAACGGGUCUAUACGUCAACAUUAUGUGGUUGGGAAAGAACUUGAAAUACGCUCUAAGACUUUUGGACGAGCAUUACUCACAUAAAGGAAAACAGGAAAGUUACAUUUUUUUCCAUUGGUAUCCCGGAGAUGUAGUACAGGACGAGACGAAUUACAUCACUGUCAAAUUCAAGAAUAACGAGUUUUAUAAUUUCACCAACAACAUCGUCAACGGUUACAAGUACGAGAUGCAUCGAUUGGUCAAAAUAGUUUGGUCGCAGAUGGAGAAUGGCGCCAACCCACUGUUUCUAGGCGUCAGACAAUUUAAGCUUCGCGAACAGGAUUACGCGUACCUUUUGAAUCUAGACAGACAAGGAAAGUACAACGUUAGCGAAAUAGCGUGUCAGUGGAUGAAGAACAACAAAAAGAUCUGGUCGGCUUGGAACAACAUGAUCGCAACGACUCCCGUCAUCAACAUAGGAGGCAUAUUUCCUUCUCUCAAACCAGAUUUGCCUUUCAACGGCGCUGGAAUUUACAAAGCCGCUAUAUACGCCACCAAUUAUAUCAACAAACAGAAUAAACUAAUUAAGGGAUACCAGUUGAGGAUGAUCGGUAUGGUUGGUGAUUGCAAAGCUGAGACAGUAAUGAGCAAAUUUUUGGGACUCAUUGUUACCAAAGAUACCUAUGAUAAUCUUGUGGGGGUUCUCGGUCCCGCUUGCUCAGAAACCAUCGAACCCAUAGCAGCGGUGUCCAAAGAGUAUCGCGUGUUGACGGUUUCCUAUUCCGCUGAAGGAGUCAGUUUCUCGGACCGAAGCAAAUAUCCGUAUUUCUUCAGAACCAUCGGCGAAAAUCACCAUUACAAGCACGUCUACUUGUCGCUGUUCAAAGAGUUUCGCUGGAAGAGAGUCGCCGCGCUUACAGAGGACGGUCAGAAAUACACUGAGUACAUUUCAUUGAUGAGCGACGAUUUGGAAAAGAACAACAUCAGUUUCAUUGCCAAUAAAAAGUUUCCCAGAGGAAGGAACACGAACGAUAUGCGAAAUUAUUUGGAAGACCUAAAGUCCAAACGUGCUAGAAUUAUUAUUGCCGAUGUAGCUGAUCACGACGCAAGGAUGGUAAUCUGCGAAGCUAAACGGCUAGACAUGACUGCAAAACAAGGUUAUGUUUGGUUCCUGCCUGUAUGGCUAAGCCCCGAUUGGUACAACACUACCAAAUACAAAGACCCAGAACCUAUCGAUUGUCUUGUUGAAGAAAUGAUGGAGGCGGCUAAUGGUUACUUCUCACUCACCCAUGCUUACUACGCAUCCAACGAAUCAAAAAUGCAAGAAGGCAUCACUGUAGCAGAAUGGAAGAACAAAUUACGAAAAUAUUCUGGAACAACUCCUAUUAGCGAUUAUGCAGGAUUCGCGUAUGACGCUGUGUGGACUUACGCCUUGGCUUUGAGUCAACUUCUUCAAAACGAUUCUGCAGAUAUGGCGAAUCUUCAUUCACAGAGCACAACACAAAAACUAAAAAAUUACAUCCAAGCUAUCGACUUCCACGGCGUUUCAGGUCAUAUCAGCUUCAAGGGUGGUUCAACGCGAGUUUCGACCAUUAACAUCAUCCAGUGGUACAAUGGAAAGAAGAAUUUCAUCGGCAGUUUUUACCCUAACGUUUCGACAAACAGUACAGAUAUAUAUGGAGGAAAUUUGACUCUAAAGAGAGCAGAAGUCAAAUGGUUUACUCCAGAUGGUUCGAUACCCGAAGACGGUGAACUACCGCCACCUAGUUGCGCGGUUGACGGAUUAGCCAAAGUGUUCGGAGUCGAAUGCCAAACUGCCGUCAUUAUAUUGAACGUCAUCAUCGCAGGGAUAUUAAUUAUCGGUGUAAUAUGCGUUUGCUUGUAUAUGAAGAGACGAUAUGACCAGAAGGUGAUGAAGACCAAGAAUUACAUGAGAUCCCUGGGUAUUCCGUUCGACAUGCACAACGCCAGCGAUCUAGACAAAUGGGAGAUGAGACGCGAAACCAUUGUCAUCAACCGCAAACUUGGCGAAGGUGCGUUCGGUAUGGUCUAUGGUGGUGAAGUUGAGCUGGAAGCCGGAGGAUGGUCGCCAGUGGCUGUUAAGACUCUCAAGGUCGGAUCGACUACCGAAGACAAACUCGAUUUCUUGUCAGAAGCUGAGGUCAUGAAACGCUUCGAUCACAAGAACAUUGUCAAGUUGCUCGGAGUGUGCACUAAGGAAGAACCCGUGUAUACUGUCAUGGAGUACAUGUUGUAUGGAGAUUUGAAGACGUACUUAUUGGCCCGUAGACAUUUGGUGAAAUUAAAAGAUAUCGACGAAUCCGAAGAAAUAAGUCCAAAACGAUUGACAAACGUAGCGUUAGAUGUCGCCAGAGGACUUAGCUAUCUUGCCGAAAUGAAAUUUGUUCAUAGAGACAUAGCAUCGAGAAAUUGUCUGGUCAAUGAUAAGCGUACCGUCAAAAUCGGUGAUUUUGGUAUGACGCGCGCCAUUUUCGACAAUGACUACUAUAAAUUUACCAGGAGGGCGAGAUUGCCUGUGAGAUGGAUGGCUCCUGAGAGUUUGGCUUUGGGAGUUUUCACCCCAUCUUCAGAUGUUUGGAGUUUCGGAGUGUUACUUUAUGAAAUCAUCACUUUUGGAAACUUUCCAUUUCAAGGCAAAACGAAUCCCGAAGUACUGAUGGAGGUCAAAGCGGGACAAACCCUACCAAUUCCAAAGGGAACCAAACCACAACUCGUUGGUUUGAUGUGCUCCUGCUGGAAACGUGAAUCCAAAGAGCGUCCUACCGCCUCUCAAAUCGUAGAAUUCCUCGCAAAUAAUCCAAGACUGGUCACUCCCUGCUUAGACGUCCCCAUAUUAUCAGUCCAAAUGGGGGACAGUGAUGAACUCGAAAUGACCAGCAAAAACUUAAACUUAAAAGUCUCACCUAGCAAAUCAACCAAUGGGUCAACUUUUCAAACAGCCAGCACCAUCUUCGACGACAGAAUUGACCCAGACAAUAUUCCUCUGGAAGUGUGCUGUCCCAAGGAACCCCUCCUGGGACAAGGUAGAGGCAGCAGUUCCAAUCUGCUAAGCAGGUUAGGGGUAGGUAGCAAGAGAGAAUCGGAAGAAGACGAUGAAUAUGUUGAACAAAAUAUCCCCGACACACAGGAUAAUACGAACGUAUAGAAUCGGCUUACUGACGUUUGAGGCUAUUUAACAGACAUUAAUUGUACAGAAAGUAGUUCAAAGAGCUGUCAAACCGCGUCAAACGUCAGUAGUGUUGAUGAAAAUGUACAGUAAUGUAAAAUAGUUAAAUAUUGAGAAUUGUUUCUGAUUGUCGUAUUUAGAACAAUUUUCUUUUAUCUCGAAAUUGAAGGUAUUUGACACUUUUCUGAUGUAGAAAUUGAUUAGACAUAUGACAGAUGUAUAUCACGUUUGGUGAAGAGAACUGUCAAAACGCGUCAAAUGUCGGAGCGAUGUUGUUUUUUUUAUGUAGAAAAAUUGUGGAAGUAGGCUAUGAUUAAGUAAAAUCAGAUUAUUGAAAUGGAAGGAUUUUGAUACUUAUUAGAUUAGGUAAUUUUACAGAAGGUUUUUUUAAAGCUUAUGACGAAAAGGGGUUUAAAGUCGCGAUUUUUAAUCAGAAGCGUUUUUUAGACGAUCUCAACCCGGAAGGUUUUCAAUUGUGACUCAAUUAGUAAAUUUGUAAUUUCGAUUUUUGACAGUUAACAAGUAACAUUUUUGUUGAUUUGACUCUUACAGUGGAGAAAAAUAUAACGAUUCUUCAAAAUUUUGUUGAAAUAUAUUUAUUAAAGAAUCUUUUAUGGUUUUGACAAUUUUACAAUUAAUUUAUAAGUUCACAUAAUUUAAUUCAAAAAUUUUAAAAACGCUUCUGAAUCUUUUUUGCAUUUAUUUUUUUUGAAACUCUAGUACCGAAUGUGUUCACAAAAUCAAUUCACGCUUUUUUGGAUGUUUUACAUUCGAACUUAAAAACAAAAACCCCCUAUCAGAAAGAAGGCUGUUCCAAAGCCUUUUCUUGGUAGCAGUACAGUAAUAAUUAAUACAUUCAUUUUUAACUUGAUUUUAUUUCACGAAAGGUGUUCGUCAGUAUUUUAGGUUGGAUUUAUUUAUAUGCAUUUUAUAAUAAUUAAUACUCCAUUUUGUAUUGCUUAGGCACCAUAUCAAAAGUUCGACAGCAUAAAAGACAAUGCGGGCUAAUAAGAGCUACAUUUCAGUUAUAGGACAACGAAAACAAAAUGUAGAACACUAGCAGCCAGUUGUAAGAAUGGUAAUUAAAAUUUAUGAGUUUGAUAAACUUUGACAGAGCUUGAUAAUAUUUCAAAAUAUGUUUUUCAGAUUCAUGAAUUUUGGUUAAUGUUCAAGCAAUCAGCUGCUAUUGAAUAAUGUUAGAAAUUAAUCUAGUUACGUGGUUAAAUAAGAUAAAAACCAAUAUAAUUAUAAUUAAUUCUCAACUAGAGUUGCCAUGAGUUUAUAUUAAGAAAUUUAAAGUUUGCUUUUUGAAUUAGAAUAAAUCAGUUUUAGAUUUUAUCGAUUUUAUCAAGUGACAACGGAGCAGUUGUAAUAAAUAUUAGUUAAUCGAAAUGCAUAAUUAAGGAAAAGUGUUGUACUUUGGAAACAUAUUUCCAUUUUUUUUAAUUGAAUUUGCAAAACGUUAAUGUCGUAUUGAUAACUAAAAGAAAAUGUUUACUUUCAAAUUGUUCCAAGAUAAAACCGAGUUUUGUACCUUGGGACAGCUCUAAUUGUACCUUGAGACAACACUAAUAAUUGUACGUUGGGAUAACAAAUAAAUAAGAUAAAAAAUAUACAUAUUUAAUGAUCAUACAACCACUGUGGGUUUUGGUAAUGUUCUCAUAAUGUUCGAUUUGUUGAUUUUGUAUAAUUCUUCAUUCUUCACAAAAUUGUUCUUCUUAAACCUUUUUUAUUUCCACUAUACAAUUCGUUAACUUUCCAAUCCUAAAUCCAGAAGAACGAUAUAGAAACACAAUGCUAUUGAGUAGACAGAAAUAUAAUAAUACGUCACCGACUGCGGACCGAAAUAGUCCAUGCUUGCCAAUGAAAGGGCGUGGUUAAUCCAAUUACAAAUCUUUAUUUUGAUUGAUGGGUCGGUUAACGUACUGUAUAAUGACUUACAAACUUUUUGCCCUUCGAUUUUAUCAAUACAAAGUCUCCUUCUAAUAUUGGGAAAUUUUCUAUAUCUCUUCCCUGUUCUAUUUAUAGACUUCUUCAACUAGUUUUCCCAAAUAGUCGUCUUCAUCGAAAAUCUUUCUCAGGUAUUUCGGUAUUGUCAUCGUCGGAAUUUUCUUCAAAAUCUUUCUAGUUACUUUUUGAACUUUGUUCUUGAAAUUUUUGGCAUGUCUUUUAAAAUAUUCCAUUUAAUUCUCAUUUUUUUGGGGGUUUCCCUCAAUAUUCUGGAUUGUCCUUUUUUGGUCUUUUUUGGCGCAUUCUUUGAGGUUGAUGUGGAGAUCCAGGUUCGUCAAAAAUUUCAAUCUAUUCUAAAAUUUCAUUUUUAAUGUCUAUCUCGAUCGAUCCGUUAAAAAAGGCAUUUAAAAAUUCGUAUUUGCCAAAUUUUUCCAUAUUUAAAGGGCAAAAGUCUGUUUUACAGAAAACCCCUUCAUAAUAUACUGUACUUCAUAUGCUGCGUUUGAAAAUUACCUCGUUUUGCUCUUUUUACUUGAAGCCGUUCUUUUAAUACAUCUGUGGCUUCUCGAUGGUAUCUACUCCGUGGUCUUUUAAUGAAGAGCUGGUAAGUCGAGUAAGAUCUAUUUACUCCGAAUUAAAUUUUAGAGCUUUCGGAGUAAAUGUAAUUUCUGUGACAAUUGACAAAGUAAAUGUACUUUUCUGAGAUGUACAGACGUUUUUCGUUGUCUCUUGUGUUGCAAUUUAUUCUUUUUCAUGUGUUUGGUUAUUAAAAAAGAAAUAUUUAUAAAAAAUGUGAGACAGAAAUGAGAACAUGGUUUAUUUUCUAGUGAAAGCAAAAAGCGAAAAAUACCACAGCUAAAAAUUAACUUUAUUUAGUUUGUUAUUUUGAUGAAAACCGAAAACGGAAAACCCAAACAAAUCCAUAGCCGUCCUUUUAUUCCACAUAAGCUCGAUGAUCACGUGACUAAAAAAUCUACUAGCUCUACUCCGCUCCAGGAGGUACUUUUCAAACAUAGCAAUUAUAUACUGUAAACGCUUUCGGGUAGGCUUUCCCAAUAAUUUAUGCAAUUUGGUAUAGGAUAAUUGGUUUUCCUGGAUUUUGCAGCAUCUAUUCGCUAUCAGCUUGAUUGUAAUGCUUUGUAAGGACCAAACACAAUUCGAUUCAAAGUUAGGAACUCGUGCGAUGUGCGAGGUGAACAUGUGAGUUACACAACAUAUAUGACUUUGCGAGAUAAGUUACGGGAAUAAAUAUAUGGCUCUCAUGAUUAGAAAACUGGGUUGUCUUUGGAUGACUUUACAAGUUUGAUGACCUGAAUGAAUUUUUCUUUAUUAGACCAACCUGAGCUGGCAGCUCCAAUCGGGUCUCGAGUUCCUUCAACAUAUGUUCUUUAAAAUAAACUCUCGCAAAACUUAGCGAUGUUUGUACGUGGUUUCUAUAGCAUUUAUACCGGAAAUCAUAGUUACAUUGAUUCCAUGUUUUGCGUGUACCUUGGAACUGUCUAAUGGAACGUGCAAACAAUUAUCUCAAGGUAUAUGUUAUGCAUCUUGACUGAUUUUUGUUGAUACUUUUUUCACUUACAUAAUUCAAUUUUCCAUAAAGUCCAUUCUAAUUCACAACACACACCCUUCAGAACGUGUUUCACAAUUUUUGUUCUACGUCAAUAGAUGACGCAUUUAGCACUGUUGUCCCAAGGUAUAACAUUUUCUAUACAAUUAUGAAAGUAGACCAACAGGAUAUUGUCUUUAAAAGAUAAAAACAAGAUAGUUAUAUCAAUUAUCAUUUAAAAACGGACGAUAACUCAUAAUAUGGUUAAAAUAGCGUUCAAACAGAGAAGCAGAGGUAUUUAAAGAAAUAAAAAUACCAAGCUAAAUCAGAAUUUCUGUUUGGCGUAAAAAUGGAAAAUUACAAAACACCAAGCUUACUAUUUUAUAUUACUUAAAUAUACUUAAAACCUGCAAAAUAUACUAAUAAAAAGACAAUUUUAAUAGCAUUACCACUGUUAAAAAAUAAAUCUAACCUAAAACUGUCAAACGUCUUAUAAAAUUCUUCAGUACUGUGAAUAAAAUUACUUCAGUAUAAUUUUAUUGUUCAGAAGCGUGCAAUAUCGUCGUUUGUAUUUCAAGUACGGCUACCAUAAAUUGGCGUAGGAUUUUUAUUAAAAAAAAGUUAGUCAAAUUGGGUGUCUGCAUAUUUUUGAUACAGAACUUUUCAACCAUCCUUUCCAUAAAUAUAAUAAUCCUAAUUGUUUAUCUAGUCAACGAUUUUCACUGAGAAAUGGAGACUUAAAUCACUGCGCAUCACAAUAAUAGUAUUAAUCACAAUAUAUUUACCGGUACCACACAAAUGCAAUAUCUGUAUGUAAAAAUAAUAGUAAGACUUUUUAACUAACAUGAGAACUAGUUUCAUAUAUGUACGAUAUAGGUGUAAGAGUAUGACAGUUAUUUUGUGUUAAGUCAGACGAACCCUGGAAAAAAAUGAUAAUUCUUUGGAAAAUAUAUUCUGAAACUUUUUUGGAAUAUCAUGUUCAGAUAAUUUCAGAUCACGUGGUUUUGACAUUGACUAAGAGACAUGAAAUGCUUAUGAAGGGAUUCUAAAAAAAAGUUUACCCUAUUUAUACAACCUUCUACAGCAAAAAAGGAAGUUUUCUUUAUUAAUUUAAAGAAGUUUUCUUAAUGUUGUUUACAAUGGCAAACAAAGUUUCUGUGUCUCUCAGUCAAUAUGGCCGAUUCGUUGUGACGUCAUCCCAAAACGGUCUUUAAUAUACAAGGUGUUGCGAUGUUCGAAUGACAACGUUCUGCAGCUAAUAAAAUUUUAUGUGGAAACAUGAACUCUUUAAAGUCUUAAUUUCUGAGAUAGGGGGUCGUGAAAUUUUGAAUUAAAUGUUAUUUUUAUAUUUUGUUUGUAAAUUUCAUUACCCUGCAUCUCAGAAACUAAGACUUUAAAGGGUUAAUUUUCUUAUAUCGAAUUUUAUCAUUAGAGAGUUAUCACCACUCGUCACUUUAAGAAUACGGUAAUCUUAUUCGGUAACCGUAUUCAGACUAAGGUCCAAACAAAAAUUAGUGUUAUCCUAAAUGUCAUUCCAUACGGUAACACUGAUGGCUGAGCUGAAUCCAUUAGACGUUUGAUUUAAGCAGUUUAAAGUAUAUUUGAAUUUAAGAGUAUUUUGUGAAAGUUGCAUGAGUUGCAAAAUCAAUUAAAUAAUCGAAUAUCUUGUCAAAAUUAUUGUUCUUAGAUGGGAUACUAUUAUCGUUGCUUAUCUUAACCAUUGCAAUAAUAAAAUAUUGAUGGUUUCUCACAAGGGAAACAUAUUUUCCUUCUUCUUGUUUACAUUAUUUUUUAUUUCCCAUCGAUUAGAAUCUUUAAACGAAUUCUUGAGUCAACACUUCUCUCAUUAGUACUAAAUUAUUUUUCGAUAUAAAUUUUAACUAAUUUUAUUAUUCAUAUUCAUACUUUUAAAAUUUAAAUACCGGCUUGAAAAUAAAAAAUAUCUCCGAAUAAAAUCUAUUUGAUAAUCCGAAUGACAUUUGCGGAAUAGCCUCGUUCAAAUAUGAGUAAGUGACCGUAUUUCAAUUAUAAGGUUUCCUUAUUUUCCAAAAAUAAGGAAAUACCUGUUUAGCACUAUUUCUUACUAAAAUUUUAAUGCGCAUACUUAGCUGUCAAAAUAAGGAUACCGUAUUUGAUCAAUACUUUGACGAUAACUCUCUAAUGAUUAACGCACAUGAUGACAGAUUGUCUAUUUGACUGAUGACAGCUGUCAAUUUUAAUUUUAUCUGUCAAAAUUCCAGAAUUUACUUCACAAGACAGUAAAUUGAAAAUAAACGAUUUUUCCAAUUUAAUUAUCCAAAAUUACGUAUCAACUCUCUUACCUAUAUAAACAUAACGAUUGUGUAAGUGGUUCGCGUAAAAAAUUGACAUUAAAAAUAAUCAUUCAUUAAAUUAUUAAGUUUUUACAAGGAUUUUUUACGCGACUUCUAUAUUCUUUAAAACACUUUUCUUUAUACAGAUUGAUUUUCUUAUAGUAAAUAAAGUAGAUAAUUAAAAAUAUAUUAAUAAUAUUAGUGUAAGGCAAACGGCGCAAGUAGAUAAUAUAAUUAAUACAUUUUUCGCAGAAUAUCCAUAUAGUUAAUUCUUUUUUAAUCUAGAGCAAAAAAUUAAAAUAUUUCCAUAUUAGCUUUUUUAGCUACAUACAUAUCAAAUAAGCUUAAAACCACAAUUUAUUCGUAAAAAUAGUUUGAAAUGGAAAAAGAAGGUUUUUGCUGGUGUUAUUUUUCCAAAAGAAAUUGUUAACUCUCGCACUAACUUUAAAAUUUACAUCUUUAGCGCUAUACAGUGUGUCCCGCUUUUCAUUAAUGCGAUUGUAUUGACAUAGUUGACAUUUGAAUUAGGUCAGCGUCGUGCUAUUUUAAGAGAAAAAAGGAGAUAAUAUAAAAAAGAUCAGACUUGUUUUUCAAUGUCACAUUGGUAUCUAUGUUUAAAAAUCUUUUAAUACUAAAGCAUAUCGUGGGUUUAAUCUGCUAAACCAGUAAGUCCGAAAAUCCAAAUUUUACAAGGGAGACAAAAUACGUGUUAUACUUGAUUUACAAAAAAAAAAAACAAGUUGCAGGUUUAUCAAGAUAUCAAAAGUCUGUAAUUUUUAGAUAAUUUUUAAUGAGUUAGCUAAUUAUGUUCUCUAAUAAAUUGGACUUUUUCCCCUUUUUCUUAAAUAUUUUUUGAACUUACGGGAUUUUAUUACUGAGGGAGAUGGGUAAAUAAAUAGGAAAAUUAUACAUACUUUGGUUUAUUUAUACCAUUAACGAACAAAGUAGGAAACUCACAAACAUUGUAAAAAAAUUUAAAUUAUUCAAAAUAAACAAUAAAAAUCUAUUGGUAAGACAAGUUGUCAUAAAACGAGUGAUAAUCCAAUGGAAUGCUAGAGAUUGUAGGUGUAAAAACUUUUCCCUCUUAAUCGGUAAAGGAUUAUCAUAUAAGGUAGGAAGUUCACCAAAUGGACAGCAUAACUCUUGUCUUUUAUUUUUUGAAAUGCGGCUGAAAACGAGUUCUUGAUAAUCUUCAGAAUGCUUCAAUUUGUAAGCCAUUGUUCCAUCUGGUGAAUACUUCAAAGCACGUAUAUCUGUGACAUGCGGAUCACCGACUCGUUUACCUGGACGCAAUUAUUUUACAAACAGAAGAUUGCUGAAAUCUUUAAAAAAUCCAUGGUCUAGGUAAUGAACUGUGUAGGAUCUUGGAUUUUUACGUGCAUUUCUACAAAUUUCAACAUAGUCGGCAGGUACGUUAAUAUUGGUAUGACAAAGUUUUCUUUCUAUAGUAGAGUGCAUAGAGUCUGCCUCCAUCUGGGUAUGCCCCUUUUCCAGAAAUUUCUGCUCGAUCGUCAUUUUUGAAUCCAUGCAUAGAUUAAGAAGGGCAUUGGCCAAUGUCGAAUUCCUAUUCUGUGAUGUACAUCCAUCACUGUACAUUAUAAUUUUUUGUUCAGCCUCAAUAUCUCUCUCGAUAUGAUCUUUCAAGAAGCUGCAAAUUAUUGCACUAGUACCACAAGAGGCCUCAUGCCAUAAGUAACAAUAACCAUCUUUAGUUUUCAUAUCAAAAAAUGUUAAGUUAUGUUUCGAAAUAUUGGGACGAGAUGUUUGUUUUAGGUGAUGGCAAUACUGACUGUAGAUCAAUACAAAAAACUCUAUGUGCGGACUCCUUAUCCUGGUUUUUUUCAUCUCUGGCUUCUAUUUUUUUUUCUUGAUGCAAAUUGAACACGUCGUCAGGUAAAUUGCCAUUUCGAUAUGCCACACAUUUGUCGCACUCAUCCUUUUUAGGGCGAAAGAGAGAAAGGUUCAUUUUCUCGAAAACGUGACAAAACGAAGCGAUUGAUGAAGUGGCUAUUUGUUUUUCUUGGCACCAGCGUUUGUAAAAUUGAAACAGUGAGGCUUUGGGUUUCCAAUUAGGCUCUAAAUAUAGUUUGUCCGAUGAAGACCGGCAGUAAUGUGACUCGACCUUCGACAGUUCUGAAAAAAAUAUUGUUAGACUUAGUUUCAAAUCUUUGUAACACUUUGGAUGAGUAAUCUUCUCUUCCGAACUAUGUUCUUCAGAAUCUAUUGUAUCAGAUAAAUCUUUUUUCAACCAGUUCAAUACCAUGUUUUCCUUAAGGCCAUGUGUGUUUAAAAACAUCUGUCUACAAACUCUGAUAAGUUCUUCUUGCUUCUUCAUGUGAUAAACCAUAGAUUCUUUUCUUCUAGAUGUUGUUUCAUUUCGCCUGUUUUUAUGUCUUUUUACGUCAUUUGAUUUUACUAAGAACGAUACAUACAUUUUCCUUUGACUCCAAUUCAUAUUGGACCAAAAUUUUGUAAAUAUGAUUUUUCUUUCCUCUUCGGAAAAUAUAUUACACUUUAUGGCAGUAUUUUUUUUGAAAGUUUACAGUUACAUGGCUUUUUUAAUUUUCUUUCUUCUCUUUCUGUAUUAUAAUUCCACUGGCCAUUGAUCUUUCUUUUUCCUAAAUAAAUUUCCCCCUUUUCACGUUUCAAUUUCUUCUUAUUUUCAUUCCAUGUUCCUUCAUUCACAAAUUGUCUUUUCCUUCUCUUUCUUUUUAUAAGAUUAUGUUCAUCUUGGAUAGCAUCUUGUUUUAUUUCUCUUUCAUUGCCUAAACUGUUUUCGAAAUCAAUCGUUGAUUCUUCAUCAUUUUCGGGCACAUAAUCGAGAUCAUUUACCUCACGUUCAAUGUCACUGCUUUGUCGAAUUUCUUCAUUGUGGACGUUUGUAACUUUAUUUUCUCAACUAUAUCAGAUGAGCUAAGAAUGUUAUUUUCUAACUCCAAGGCAUUAGUUUCGUUUAAUGGAAUGCAACUGGAGAGUACAUUAUCAUUUUUUUCUAAAUAAUUUUCAGGAAAAAUUUCAUCAGUAUUCACCAUGUCUGUUACUUCUGGAAUAUUCAUUAUUACCAACUCACUACCUAUAAUGUUAGUAGGUAGUACAUUUUGCAAGGUUGUUAAAUUACGUUCAUUACUAUUUUUGUCUUCAUGGUACACAGAAAUUUCAUUUAUUUGAGGUAUUUGUUCUAAUUCGUCCGGAACAUCUGGAUUUGCGGCUGCAAUUUGGACUUGCUUUUCUCCGCUUAUUCGUUGUUCUUGUCUGUUAUCUUGAAUAUUUUCCUUAUUUUCUUUGUGAAUUAUAUUUUCCAUGUUUUCAUUGUCUUCUGGAUUUUUUGCAAUAAAGUCUUCAUUUUGGUCAAUUCUCAUUUUGCUGCUAGUAUCCAAAAUAAUUUUAUUUCCAUCUGGUAACAUGUCCAUAAUCUUUUUAGUUCUGUCUUUGAAUCUGUCCAUUGCUCUGUUAACAAACAAAAAUAUUUUUCUCAAUAAUAAAACAUAAUAAUUAUGUAUAAACAUAAUUAUCUAAAAAUAUUAUAAAAUAAUCCAUAUAAUAGGAAAUACCCGUAACUCCACUUCAAUGUUUUAACGUCAAAUAUUUUAAUUAAUGAUACAUAAAUUACCUUUUAAAUAUUAUAAACAUUAUUUAGCGUACUCACCUUGUAUUAUAAAUAUAUAUAAACAAUAUUUUUGAAGAACACUACUGCACCUGUCUGCUUCGUGAUGUAUAAUGGCGGACUUAUGGGCUUGUAUUUAUGAUUUCAGCCAGGAUUGGACUUACGGGUUUAUCAAAUUUGGAAGUCACAAAUUAACGAUUUUCUUGGAGUUACUAAAAUUUCUUUGGCAAAUUGAUCAAUUUUUUUUACGAAAGAUGGUAUUAAAAUGUCAAAUUUGAUCAAAUGUGGACUUACGGGUUUUGCAGAUUAAGCCGACGAUAUAUCAUUUAAAUUUGCGUUAUCACCAACAUAUCAAGGUAUUCGAUUUUAUAAUCCCCUUCCAAAAGCAAUUAAAGACCUCAACAUCAAUCCUAAGAAAAUCGUUUUUAUUACAAAAAUUCUACUAUGGUGUUAAAAUAUAUUCACAAGAUAAUUAAAUAUGUUACUUGUUUUAAUAUUUUAAUUGUAGCGUUUAAUUAUUGCAAAUGUUUUUUGUUGUCGACUUGUCCUAUAUAGGUAUUCUUGUAAUGUAUUAAAGGAUCAAUGCAAUGUUAUUAUUUGAAAACAUGGCUUCAGAUAGAGGUGUAGGAAUUCAUCAAUGCAUUUUUUUUUUUUAUUUAGUAGGUCAAAUAUCACGAAAACUAUUUAUGUAAAAUAUUUAUACUAACUUUAAAAAUGUCUACGUCAAUCCGACACCCUUAAAGAAUAUAAAGAAGUGAGAAGGAAAACAUUCCCACUUCUUGUAUGAAUAGAAUAAAAUCUCUAAACCCCUAAAAGACACGAAAUGAUCUAUAUUAAAUGCGACUAUAUCAGUAUUGUUUUAAAUUAAUCUUACUUCUAUUAAAGAAAAUACAGGAAUGAUUCCGUGAAAAGUGAGAGUCACUGAUUUUUUUAUACAAUAUUAACCCUAAAUAUAAUAGGAAAUUACAUUCAGAAACAAAUCAAUCUGUAUAACGAUCUACCUCAUUAUUAAAAUACGUUAAAACACAAUGGGUUAUCGAUUUUUAAAUGUGGAUGUGUAAUCUGUGAUAUAAAACUUGUUUUUUAAUUAUUAUAUAAGGAAUUUAUUGGAGCCAGGCUCGGUUUAUACGGAGUUCGAAGUUCAAAGCCUAAAGUAGUUGCUAAAAAAAUAUUUAUUUGGAACGGAGGGAGCAUCAUUUGAAGGUAUCAAGAAUGUUCAUUUAUAUUAUUUAAAAAAUAAUUAAUGAACGUUUUUCUUACUGGCUGUUAUUGUUAUACAGGAUGUUUUUUAAACGAAUGUAGAUAUAAUGAUUUCUAAUGUAUUUUUAAAUGAAUUCCCAACUAGUAUAUCUCCUUUUAAAACAUCCUGUAUCAGCGCUUUGAAUGGUAUUACCAAGUUUUAUUUAAAGUAGUUGAUUGUAGUUAAUAAAAAUGAAACUUGGUUCUCAGUUGAUAACUUUUUACCACUGUACUAAUUGUUUAGUGCUUAUCCAACUUUAGUUCAAACAGAAGAAAUAGUAUAAAUGGGCAGCUAUAUUUAUAGAAUGUCCCGUUAAAAAUCGACACCCUGAAACAUAGCAGAAUUCAAUCUCACCAAUAUAGAAAACCAUGACUGCUAAGUUCCUUAAAAUAAGAAAAUAAAAUAGUUGAAAGGUAAUCACUAGGUAAUAAAACUUAUUUGAGACUUUGUAUGUAAUUUUUCGGCAUGUUUGUGUUUUUUUUGUACUGAUAUAGAUAAUUCUUUAUUACAUUUUUUACGUGCAUAGAUUUAAUCAUACCAAAAGUAAGUUAAGUCAGUGUUUUUUAUUAUAUUUAACUUUUUAAGAAUCGUAAUAAGUAAUUUUAAGCGCCCAAAAGCAUGGGAUAUAUCAGAAGACUUGUAUUUUAAAUAAGAAAUUUUUCACGAAAAAUCUUCGUUUUAAUUUUUGUACUCUAAUCCGACGAUUUUUAUAAAUAAAAUAAUACAUUUUCACCAUUAAUGGUAAUAAUAUUUUGCAAGAAAUUAAAUUUUCUGUGAUACUAUCUGAAAAGUGUUCCCUUUGAGAUGGUUUUAUUCUUGUAGCUCGAAGGUAAAAUACCCUAACACAAUUUAUUUAUUUAUCUAACACAUGACAGUUAUGACUGUCAUUAUUGAUGUCAUUUUAGACAAGUAAACUAUCAAAUAACACAUUAGUGUGUUAUAAUCCAUAACACACUAGUACCAUAAAUAAUUAUUUUCUGUUACGGUGUAUUAUGACUUGUUCAAUUCUUUCCCUUCAAGCUAUAUGGUAUCCAAUUAAGUAGUAUCUUGAGCCAUAUAUUCCAUCUGACACAGGGGUUCGUACCUCUUUUAAUACUCGAUAGACACCUCAAAUUAUAUUUACGUUAGGCAAAGUUUAAGCAAAAAAACGCCGAGGCACCUCAAAUUUUAAAUUUAGUUUUGCUUUUAUUUUCGAUAACAAUUGCUAUGACGAUGUGAUGAUUACUUCGCUAAGAGGUCAUCCAAUUUUUUCAGGUAGAAACUUAUAUGUCAAAUUUAAAUACACUUAAAAACAGCAAUAUUAUUUUUUAGUGAUGGGACUUUUCAUGAAAAGUCAUUAUUUUCGGACAUGUCAAAAAAAGUAGUGGGCUACCGUCGAUAUUAGGGACAGUAAUUUUGUCACUUUUUCCAUAAAGAUUAAGUAAAACCAUAAUAUUUUUACACUUUUUAAUCUUCUAUAAGUGUCCACUAACCUAAUUAAAGCAACAAAUAUUAUUAAAACAUAUUUGUAAGUUAAAAAAUGAAGAAUAUGCAUUUAUUCACGACAUUCUCACGUAUCCAUAUUGUUUUUAAUUUUUUCGAUUUGACAGUCACACUAAGAGCGCCUGUGCGUGAUUUUAGCGAUGUUGCCAAUUGCUUUUUGUUAUUUGUUCUAAAUAUAUUCAUGGUAAUACCGUUCUAUAUUAUUUUUUGUUUAUGAAUAAUAUGACAUAACAUUUUUAUUUCUAUAAAUGUGGUGUUGUCAAACAUAGUAAAAGAACGUACAUAACAGGAAUGACAGUGGCUUUUUUUCAAUAGCUCCAAGCCAGAUGAUAAAACCAGAAUAUAAAUGUGUUUAUUUGAGACUUUUCAUUUCAAUUAUUCAAUUUGAGCUGUGUCCAGGCCGUUGGAGUCUAUGCCAGUCGGCGUAGCCAGGUAUGGAUUGAUGUUUUUUGGAGGCGGCGAAGCCGCCACCCAACGACUUAUAGUGGGGUGGCGGCGAAUGGGUUUCAUGCUCAGAUUGAAUGAAAUGAGAUUCAUUGAAUAUGGUUGAAUCAAAUGGAACAAUGCCGGAGGCAGAAAAACCAGAAGUUAUAUUUUUUGGUGUAAAGGAAUCUAAAAAUGGACCAGAAGUUAUUUCUCCAAAAUCAUACUCAAAUAGAUACUUUUUGGCCAUGAUGCUUGAUUAUAAAAUUUUUAAGAGAUUUUUUUAAAAAAGAUUUGAAAGAUGAGAAAACUGCAACAUCAAGCGGUUGGAGUUUGUGGGAGGUAUGCGGAGGAAAAUUUAGCAAAAUAAUACCGUUGUACUGAAAUAUGAGUUACGCUAUUAUCCAUUAAAAGAAGGAGAUAUUUGUCUUCUUCAGCUUUUGGUUGUAGAUGUUUUCUAAUAUGUUUUAACAUAUCCAUAAAUAAUUCUGCAGUGCUCUAUCCGCUUUUGUUGCAUAAUCCUAAGCUACCUGUUGGAGUUCCUCUCGUGAAAGUGUCUUUGUAGCGAAUCCUUGAAAAAAUAUAAACAGUCGGGAUAUAAUUACCUUGUGCCGUUAUUGUACAAAUCAUUGUAACAAGGCAACCCCUUUUGGCUGAAACUGCUUGGCUCACUGCUUGUUUUUGUCCUAAAGGAGCUAUCACUUUGAGCUAAUCCAUAACGGUGGUCACGCCAGUCUCGUCAACGUUGAUAAUUCGUGACGAUUCGAAUUUAUAUUUAUGCAAAACACUCUCACUAUUAAAUCCGUUAAUUCGAGCUUCUGCUUUUCGAAGCGAUAAUUUAUCUUUAUGUCUUCUCAUAAAAUAAAGCAUCCAGUUUUUACCAGCUGACUUGUUAGUUUGCCACGAUGAAGGCAUCUUCUUUUCCUUGGCUUGAGCAAAUUGAUAAGCAGAAGCUUUCAUUUGGUUAUAAUUUAAUCCGUAGUUCAAGGAAUAGCAUUUUUUCAGGUAAUCUACAAGCAGCAAUUCUUCAUUUGUAAAUACCUGCCGACUUGCAUAUUUAUAGGAAUAUGUAGGUUUUUCUUCUCCCCCAGAAUCUUCACCUUCAAGUUUUUUCUUUCGGUAAAUUAACGUAGUCCGGUUAAUACCGUACCUUAAUGACGCUUCACUGCACGAAUAUUUUCCACAAGCAAUAUCAUUAAGAGCUUUUCUUAUGUUUUCUUAAUCGAUAACACACAUGUUUGUUUUUUUCUUAUAGUUUAGAACCAUUAUGUACACCUAAAACAAAAAAUCAGCAUUAAAAACAUUACUAAAAUGCGAUGGGGCAGUUUUGACACGUGUCGAAACUGCCCCUUCAUCAAAUGGCAAAUCUGCCCCUCCACCUCAUUUUAGAAAUUUUCACUUAUAAUCUAAAACCAAACUUUACACACUCCCAUUUGACAAAAAAUGAAAGUAAAUAGUCUAGUUAUAUAAUAAUAACAAAUGUGUAACCUAAACAAUAAUUUAUUUUAACUUACCUUAUUUUAUAAAUUGCUCUCCCAAAAAUUUUUAUGUACGAUAUUUUUAGUUUUAAUGUAACUACCGCAAUACGCCCUUCACGAACCAGAGAUUUCAACUGAACAUUGAUAGGAGCCAAUGCUGCUAUAUAAGUAAGACAGACUGUCAGUGAUCAAAGUUUAAGCGGUAAAUUUGAAAUUGUCAAAUGUGCCCUACUAUCAAAUGUGCCCCGCUAUCAAAUGUGCCCCGCCUUCCCCUACUACCAUUUAAUAUGAAAUAUUCCAUAAUAUUCAACAAAAUAUUGAUAAAGCUUAUUAUUGUAUGUUUACUAUAAAUAAAUAAUCAUAAAUGUGGAGGCCGUAUAAGGCCUAAAUAAGGCAGAGAGGAACUUAAGGGAUUAGACCAUGACCGAACUGGUGAAAAAUGGUUAUUACCUGAAAGUUGAUAGGUUUUGAGAUAGAGGUCCUUAAAGUUUCAAAAAUAAGUUAGUUACUAUAAACUAUGUUUAAUUUGUAAUAACAGAAACAGAAGUAUUGGUUUUUUUAAAGAAAAAGAAGGAAAAAAGGUUUAAAUGAGAUACUCAAAUUGAAAUCCUUUCACUUCUUGAUAAUAAGCGAACAGUUGGUUAAAUUUCCGCAACAUUUUGCUGAUACUCGUAACAUAUUUAUUGUGAAAUUUAAGGACCUGUAUCUUAAAAAUAUUAACUUAAGGGUAAUAGUGAUAGUGAUCACAAACGUUGUAUUUAAAUUGGAUGACGUCUUCUCGAUAUCAUAAUAUGACAUCGUCAUAGCAAUGAUUAUCCAAAAUAAAAGCAAAAUUAAAAUUAAAAUUUGACCUGUCACAGCGUUUUUUGCCAAAACGUUGCCUUACGUAGAUAAUUUAAGAUUUCCAACCUAAAUACUCACACUGUAUUCAUUCCUAACUUUAAGGGCCAUUCGCAUCGCUAGUAGUUAAGAACUAAGCGAAGCUUAAAAUGAUAUUGUCAAUGGAGAAAUGGCAUUUUAAGCUUGGCUUAUUUCUUAACGACUUUGGACCUUAAUCCGCUAAUCUGCAACGUAAGUCUACAGCAGUCUCUUGUUUCCUAUCCAUAUCGCGUAUAACUUGUUAAAAUUUUCUUUUCAUUUCCCACAAUUCAGCUCCAUAAGUAGUGUAAUAUUUCACUAUUUCCAAAUAUGUAUAAUACAACUCCUCUUGUCUUAAAUUUCCAAUGACAAUAUUUGGUUUGUGUUGAUCCAUUUUUAAAAAUGGGACAUGGUGUGAUUCACCUUCGGGCUACAUAUAUUUUUGGAUUUGCUUUAGCGAUACAAAACUAAAAACCCAUCUCAAAUAUUAGAUCUUCAAUAAUUAUUUCUUGUAGAAAACUGAAUUCAAAAUAAGAAAUAUUCAAUGAAUGCUAUUUUGAAAGUAUCUAAUACAAUCACAUCGUCUCUGGAAUGACAAAGGAGCGUACGUCGAAAAAUGCCCGAUUUGAAUUAAGACUACCACAAAACUGUUAAAGUGGAUAUCUAUGAUGUAACAAAGAGGCGUAUCUCUCCUCCUUAUAGUUAAUAUAACAUGGCAAAUUAAAUUCACGAAUAUGCCAUAAGCAAUGCCACUAUACACCAAAAGUUUACGUGCGUUUCCUGUAAAAUAGCUAAAUUGGAGUUACGCCACUUUGUCUUUCCAGCUACGACAUGUUUAAAGCCAAAAUUAAAUUAAAUACCUAGACUAUUUAAAUCCUACGUGUAAUUUCUGCCUAUUCAGAAUCAUAGAUAGUAAAGUCACUAAAAUUUUACUCGCCUUAUACAGAAAAAAGCAAAGAAGAAAGAUUUGGGCCAUAUUUAUGGUUUUGCCAUGCAGCACAUAUUUUUUUUCUAUAAAGAUUUCUCGUAAAACAUUUCGCUAAAUAAAGUCGAAUCAGUGCAUUCUAAACUAAAACAGUAAUAAUAAGUGUUGAAUAUUAUGAUAUUGAUGAUAGGAGUUUUGAAUUUUUUGAAUGGUAUGUGUGAAUGUUUUAUAUUAUAAAUUGCAUUUUGUACCUGACUA